UAUUUUAGUCACCGAUGCGUAAACAAAUAUGGCGGCUGUUUUCAAACAUUUCAACUGUCAGAAUAGAUUUUGAUUGUUUUCUGUAAAAAAGUAGCUUUGAAAAAAAUAAUCAUGGUCGAGAAAGGAAGAUUUCUCGUAGUUGUAGCAGUUCUAGAAGGUCGAAGAUUUCCAAAACGGCCACGGCAUCAGCUGAUCGCAGAGGCCAAAUUUGAUGGUGAACUGUUGUCAACAGAUCCAGUAGAUCAUGUAGAAACUCCCGACAUCACUCAAGAACUUGCUUGGGAGCUUGACAAGAAAGGCUUGCAGCAACAUAGGCUGCAGAGGACCUCGAUAAAAAUACAGUGUUAUGCCGUAGAUACAAACACAUCUGUGAAGGAAGCUAUAGGAUACGUGGUGCUUGAUCUGAGAUCCGCUCAUAAUAAACAGACUUCCAAAUGGUAUCCUUUGCUACUGGGAAAAUAUCAGAAAAAUAAGCCAGAAAUAAGACUGGGUUUAUACCUAGAUGAGGACAAGUCUGCUGAAGCCAACACUAGCUUCAAGGCCAAAGAAGCUCCUCCGAGAUUGAUUGAGACAGAGACCCCAGUAAAAGACCAGAAUUCUCGUCUUUUAAAGCCCAUCCUUAAUGAGGAGGAGGGAUACUAUCAGCUCGGUCCAGCUAAACAGUGCACUGAACAGUUUGUGUUGUCAGUAACCAUAGCAACAGCAGCCAACCUUACCCAGUUGAUACCCAGCACACAAGCUUUGCCUCAGGGAGCUGGCUAUUUCUUCUACUUUUCCUUGUUUGGCAAUGAUGUUACAAAUGAGGUGUUCCAUGAUUUGAUCAAUCCAACAUUUCCGGCAGAGAGGGCCUCAGUGAGACUCCGGAGCAGUGUUGAAGCUUUAAGAAUGUUUUUAUCAAGUCAACCAGGUCUACAGGUACAUUUAUGUUGUGGAGAACAGUCAUUGGGUCGAGCAGAAAUUCCUCUUGUAAAUUUACUGAAGAAAAGCAGCACAGAGAUAUAUAUGAAACCUGUAUCAGUGGACGGAUCUUUUGAGUUGGUACCACCAAAUCGAGCCAAACAGCAGAUGUCAGCGGUUCCAUCAGGUCUCUCGCCAGUUGUAGGACUCUCUGUGGUUCUCAGAAAGGAAGAUAUGGCAAUGAGAACCCCUGUAAAGGAAGAUCACAGAUCCCCUGUCAGGUCCCCAGCAGCCCAGUCCCCAUCACACAAAGCUAGAGCCCACACAGAGCAUUCCUCUCCAGGCAAAGGUCAGAGGUCAAGGUCUCCCCCAAAGGAGAAGCGAGCCCCAUCACCAGAACAUGAUAGAAAAGCUGAUCAGGAUUAUGAUGACGACUUUGAAGAGGCAACACAUGAUAAUCUCAGUAGUUUGGAUGAGGAACAUCAAAAUACAAAAAAGAAGAAAGUUUUAGAUGAAGAUCAGACGGAGGUUAAGAGAUCAUCGGCAGGUCCUUCAAGCCCCUCGCACCAGAUCAGACCCUCUGACAGCGGUACAUCAACAACACAGCACCACGUAGCCAUACCUCCACAGUCCCAUCAUUUCUCUUUCUCUAUAGACCUUAGAAGUGUAAAAAGUAUGGAAAGUAACACUACACAAAAUGUUUUCCUUAGGUACACAUACCCAUUUUUCGGCAGUGCUGCCCCAAUAUUGACCCAUCCUCCAGUCGAGAUAAGAAAAGGAAUGGAAGUUCUUCUCCCACAAUCUUUCUGUGCUUUUGAUUUUGCAUGUAAUGUUCAACAGCUUCAAGAAACCUUCCUCAGGGUACCAUUGUUGGUGGAAAUGUGGCACCGAGACAAACAGUUGUCAAAAGAUGUUCUGCUUGGAGCUGCUAGAUUACCUCUGGGAGACAUCAUUGUUGCUGAGAAAACUAAGAUAAUGAAUAACUCGGGUAAUGGUGGUUGGAAACAGCUGUAUAGUAACAAAACACCUGUGAUAUCUACUGAAGCGCAAUCCAAGCAGAUAGGAGAGAUUGCAUUUGUGUUGAGUUUGGAGGAUUGGGGCCCUAUAGGUUCACAGCAAAUUGUUGUCGCUCAGCCAGAAUCAGCUGGGACAACAAACAUGGCUGAUGGUUACAGACAGGCACCACAACAAGAGCCCAGGGAGACUGAUGAAUACAAAGCUGCCCUUGAACUAGAAAUGUGGAAAGAAGAACAGGAACAUGUGUUUGAAAACCAGUUAAAACAGAAGGAAAUGAUGUACAUGAAGGCUUUAGCAGAGGAAUGGAAAAAGAGGGAUAGAGAGAGGGAGUUACUGAUGAAAAAGAAGUUAACAGAAUAUGCACAACUAGAGGAACAGCUACGUAAAACUCUGGCUGACUUGGAAAAGAGAGAAAAACAGCUUGCAGCUAAUGAGCAAGAGGUAAUGAGAUUAAAGAAUGAUCUGCAGCGAGAACAUGACCGGAAGUUACAGGAGAUGAAAGAAGCCUCGCGGAGAAUGAAGGACGAUUGUGAUCAUCAGAUUGAACUGGAAAAAGGCAAAUGUAAGGAGUUAGAAAGUUUGAUUCAACGCUACAAAGAUGAGCUGACUGAGGCAGAGAAAAAACGUUUCAAAGUUGAAAAAGAUUUUACGGUGUAUAAAGAAGAGUUAAAUACAAAACCAGAAGUUAGAUUACAGUCAGAAAUCAAUUUGCUAACACUGGAAAAGGUGGAACUAGAGAGAAAGUUAGAUGCAGUGACAAAGUCAAAGAUACACUACAAACAGCAGUGGGGCCGAGCCCUGAAAGAGCUAGCCAGAUUGAAACAGAAAGAACAAGCCCAGGCUAAGGCACAUCUCAUGAAACAACAACAGGAAUUGGAGCAUAUGAGACUGCGUUACCUGGCAGCGGAGGAGAAAGAAGUGGUCAGCAAUGAGAAACAGGAGCUCGAGGAUAUUAAAAAUGAACUUAACAAACUAAAACAGAUGGAGGAAGAAAGAUUAAAAUCUGCGGAUCAUUCACCUCGUGAUAUUGUCAGUGGAAAAGCUGACCCGGAAAUGGACAAUAUUGAAGAACAUAUAUCACGUUUAAUUGAGGAACGAGAUACGUUGCUCAGAACGGGAGUGUAUUCAACACAAGACAGAAUUAUAGCUGAACUUGAUAGACAGAUUAGAGAAGCUAUGGCGAAUAGAAAACUUAGUAAUGUGUGAUACAUAUAGAUGAAGAGGUGUAUAUCGAAAAAAACUUGUUAGAUAUAUUUAUGUAGGAAGACCAUGGCGCAUUGAUAUUUAUCUACGUUUUACUCAAUCAUAGAAGCUGUUGGAUAGUAAAUAAAUAUAGAUGUUUAAGUUUCAAUUAUAGUGAAUCAUGAUUCAGGACUUUACAGAAUUAUAGAACAUGCCAGCUUAAUUGUUAGCAAAAAGUAUGUGUUGUUAAUGUGAAAUUGAUUGAAAGUGGACAAAAAUGGUAGACCAUGUUGCCUUUUUCUAGAAUGUGAUGUCUUUUGUAUUUAGAGCUUGAUGCUACAUUUUUCUGUUAGGACUGUUCUACUUUUUUGAAAGAGAAUGAGUGACACGGCUGUUUCUGGUGAUCGACCAACUCCUUAAAGUUAGUGUUAUAGUUCUUGCAGUUUCAGUAUGUAUCAGAAGUAUGACUAAGAACCAGUCUCCCUGUGUAGGAUAUAAAACGUAUGAUCUUCAGUCCUAUAAUGCUACAAAAUCAUUCAGUUUUGUAGGCACAAUUUUUCGUGGCUUUGGCCAGAAUGAUUAAUUGCAUGGGGACAAGAAUUUAUUGAAUUCAAAUAUAAACUGUAAAAAUAAUGAAAAUUUUUCAUUUGAGCUGCAUCGUGGGAAAACCAACAUAAUGGCUUUGCGACCAGCAUGUAUCCAGACCAGCCUGUGCAUCCGCACAGUCUGGUCAGGAUCCAUGCUGUUCGCCAACAGUUUUUCUAAUUGCAGUAGGCUUUAAAAGCGAACAGCAUGGAUCCUGACCAGUCUGCGCAGAUGCGCAGACUGGUCUGGAUCCAUGCUAGUCGCAAACCCACUAUGUUGGUUUUCUCAUGGCACGGCUCAUUUGUAUUUUUGAGAUUUAAUUUCAUAGAUUAACAUCACCUGAUAAGCCAUGGAAAGUAGCGUCCCACAGUACUGCAAAAUCAUUAUAUUUUGUGGGGACUAAUUUUCGUGGAUUCCAUGGUCGAGUCAAUCCAGAGGAAUCAGUAAUAUCAUAUACCGUUUCACGUUCAAAGGUCAAAAUCCAUGCUUUUUUGGCCAGAAAACAACAAAACUUCUUGUACACAAAAUUAAAUGAUUUCACAGUAUAAUCACAGAAAAAUGAUUAAUAGAAGAAACACAAUACAAGACUUCUGUGAGAUCAGGAAAAUUAGUACUAUUAAUUUGUUUUAUAUAUAAAACUAAAUUUGUUUAAAAGAUUUGGCAGUCUUCAUUAUGAAAAAACAUUUCAGGUAUGAUUUAUCUCCCAAGACUGCGACUGUAGCGAAAAAAGAAAAAUUAUUUUUGAAUCAUGUCAGUUAUAGCUGAAACUUAAUUCUUACACCAGUGUGUCUGGCUAAAACUUUGCUUCAUGUAAUUUACAGUUCAACUUAUUGGUUUCUUUAUAUGUCAAGCUUAAUAUUGGUGUUGCAUUUGGUGGAGAUAUGUAUACAUGUAAUUUGUGUUAAAAAGCUAUGUCUGUGAUUUUCAUACAUGUGCAUACUUGUAUAUAGCAUAAAUCAUUUCUAAAGAUUAUCCAGUCAGGAUAGAAUUGAAAAGUUAUAUCUAUUUGUAGACAGUCUUUAAAGAAGAACAAAUGCCCUACCAUAAGUAUUUUAUAUGAAAGCCUAUAUUCUGCUGUUCCUAAGAAGGUUUUAAAACUGGACCAUUGUUAAAACAGAUGUUGCAGUUUGAAAUCUAGAAAAAGACUUGCCACAAAGUUUUAUGUUCGCGUUUAGUACCAUUGGUUAAAGAAGACUGAAUGUUAGAACAGUUUUACUUUUUUCCAGUCAGAUUAUUUUAGAAAUCCCAAUUGAAUUACUUUUGUUCAAUUGUCCUAGUAUGGCUUUUCAAUUUAGAGGGCAAUAUACAUGAUAAAAAUGGGUGUUGGACUGAAUUCUACAAAAUAAGCAUUUAAUAUAUCAUCAUUUGAGGAACUGUUGUUUGAUAGAUAUUAACUAUAUAAGAGUCAAUAACACUGAUGUUUUACAAAGAAACUGAAUUUUCACAAAGUACUAUACUUGUACAGUUACUCUUUUAUUAUUUAUAUUGAAAAUACAAAUAUUAAAAAUAUUUAAAACAUA